AUGCCCUCCAGAAGUGUCACUCUUAACAGUGCCCUCCAGAAGUGUCACUCUCAACAGUGCCCUCCAGAAGUGUCACUCUUAACAGUGCCCUCCAGAAGUGUCACUCUCAACAGUGCCCUCCACAAUGUCACUCUCAACAGUGCCCUCCAAAGUGUCACUCUCAGCAGUGCCCUCCACAAGUGUCCUCUCAACAGUGCCCUCCAGAAAUGUCACUCUCGCAGUGCCCUCCAAGUGUCACUCUCAACAGUGCCCUCCAGAAGUGUCACUCUUAACAGUGCCCCUCAGAAGUGUCACUCAGCAGUGCCCUCCAGAAGUGUCACUCUUACAAUUGCCCUCAAGUGUCACUCUCAGCAGUGCCCUCCGCAGUGCCCUCCACAAGUGUCACUCUCAACAGUGCCCUCCACAAGUGUCACUCUCAACAGUGCCCUCAGAAAUGUCACUCUCAACAGUGCCCUCCACAAGUGUCCUCUCAACAGUGCCCUCCACAAGUGUCACUCUCAGCAGUGCUCUCCCGAGUGUCACUCUCAACAGUGCCCUCCAAAGUGUCACUCUCAGCAGUGCCCUCCAGAAAUGUCACUCUCAACAGUGCCUCCAGAAAUGUCACUCUCAACAGUGCCCUCCACAAGUGUCACUCUCAACAGUGCCCUCCAAAAGUGUCACUCUCAAGCAGUGCCCUCCACAAGUGUCACUCUCAACAGUGCUCUCCACAAGUGUCACUCUCAACAGUGCCCUCCACAAGUGUCACUCUCAGCAGUGCCCUCCACAAGUGACACUCUCAGCAGUGCCCUGCACAAGUGUCACUCAACAGUGCUCUCCAAAGUGUCACUCUCACAGUGCCCUCCAAAAGUGUCACUCUCAACAGUGCCCUCCACAAGUGUCACUCUCAACAGUGCCCUCCAAGUGUCACUCUCAACAGUGCCCUCCAGAAGUGUCACUCUCAACAGUGCUCUCCACAAGUGUCACUCUCAGCAGUGCCCCCCACAAGUGUCACUCUCAACAGUGCCCUCCACAAGUGUCACUCUCAACUGUGCCUCCACAAGUGUCACUAUCAACAGUGCCAUCACAAGUGUCACUCUCAACAGUGCCCUUCACAAGUGUCACUCAACAGUGCCGUCCACAAGUGUUACUCUCAACAGUGCCCUCCACAGAGUCACUCUCAACAGUGCCCUCCACAAGUGUCACUCUCAGCAGUGCCCUCCACAAGUGUCACUCUCAACAGUGCCCUCCACAAGUGUCACUCAACAGUGUCUCCACAAGUGUCACUCUCAACAGUGCCCUCCACAAGUGUCACUCUCAGCAGUGCCCUCCACAAGUGUCACUCUCAACAGUGCCCUCCACAAGUGUCACUCUCAACAGUGCCCAACACAAGUGUCACUCUCAACAGUGCCCUCCACAAGUGUCACUCACAACAGUACCCUUCACAAGUGUCACUCUCAACAGUGCCCUCCACAAGUGUCACUCUCAGCAGUGCCCUCCACAAGUGACACUCUCAACAGUGCCCUCCACAAGUGUCACUCUCAACAGUGCCCUCCAGAAAAGUCACUCUCAACAGUGCCCUCCAAGUGUCACUCUCAACAAUGCCCUCCCACAAGUGUCACUCCCAACAGUGCCCUCCACAAGUGUUACUCUCAACAGUGCCUCACAAGUGUCACUCUCAACAGUGCCCUCCACGUGUCACUCUCAACAGUGCCCUCCACAAGUGUCACUCUCAGCAGAUGCCCUCCACAAGUGUCACUCUCAGCAGUGCCUCCACAAGUGUCACUCUCAACAGUGCCCUCCACAAGUGUCACUCUCAACAGUGCCCUCCUCAAGUGUCACUCUCAACAGUGCCGUCCACAAGUGUCACUCUCAACAGUGCCCUCCAGAAUUGUCACUCUCAACAGUGCCCCCAGAAGUGUCACUCUCAACAGUGCUCUCCACAAGUGUCACUCAACAGUACCGUCCACAAGUGUCACUCUCAACAGUGCCCUCCUCAAGUGUCACUCUCAACAGUGCCGUCCACAAGUGUCACUCUCAACAGUGCCCUCCAUAAGUGUCACUCUCAACUGUGCCCCUCCACAAGUGUCACUCUCAACAGUGCCUCCACAAGUGUCACUCUCAACAGUGCCUUCCAUGUGUCACUCUCAACAGUGCCCUCCACAUGUGUCACUCUCAACAGUGCCCUCCACAAGUGACACUCUCAACAGUGCCCUCCACAAGUGUCACUCCAACAGUGCCACUCACCUCUCCGUUCACUCUGAGGUUCCUGAUACAUCCCCGGAAGUGAGGUGGGCGGAGGCGCGGUGGGUCACCAUGCAGGAUGUGGGCGGGGAGAGAGUAGGCCAGCCCGCCCACCUGCAGAGGCCCAUCUGUGUUGAGGACGCGGGUGGACCUGGGCAAUCUGGCUGCACCCCGGCAGGUGUGGGCGUCGGGUAG